AAACGACCCGACCUCUACCCGGCACCUUCAUUUUCACUUUCCCUAUUUCGGACCCCAAAUCUCCCUUAUUUACCAUCUAAUGCCACUCCUCGUCUUCCCCCCCUCACUCUACUGUGAAAUCUCCGAUCUUCCAACCUCGCUUCUCCUCCCUCUCACCUCGCCUGGGUUUCCAGCUUAGCUUCGCACCAAUGGCGGCGCUUCCUUCAAGCUCAGUCUCCGUCGUCUUCUUGCUCCAGCGCACCUGAGCUUCGUUCCUCAACAAUGGCGGUCCGUUACAGCUGAGCACUGCCCAAACCCUAAUCUUUCCUCAGCCUUCUUCCGCUUCCGUACAUUUUAAGCUAUUGGAAGAUAGUGAAGCAGACUCGCAAUCCGUGGCCGUCGAAUUUGUGCAAGGGAUUGAUUGGGCUUCGGUUUCAGAUCUAACGCCGCUGAGAUUCGUUACUUAGGGUUUUCGAUGACGAGGAGAGCACGUUUUGGUUGAAAGGGAUUGUUAUUGUUGGAGUGGUGAUUGGAAAUUAGGUGUUAGGGUUUAGGAAAUUUUUAUUUUUUAUUAUUUAUUUAUUGUUGAUCCGUGGAGUUUGGGUCGUCGGAGAUAUGAAUCGGAGUUUUAGGGCUCAGGAGUCGCAAAUGCAGGCGAUGAUGAAGCAGAGGCAGCAGCUCAGGGCCUCAAUGAGGAAGGAGAAGGAAGAAGAGCUGGCUUUGUUUCUAGAGAUGAAGAAGAGGGAGAAGGAAAGGAACGAUCUUCUUCUCAAUAGUUCCGAAGAGUUCGAUGAGCCAUUAGGGGCUAAACCCGGAACUUCUCCCAUUUUUAAUAUAUCCUCAUCAACGCCGGCGCCUGCACGCAAGACUGGAGCUGAUGAUUUCCUCAAUUCCGAGAAUGAUAAGAAUGACUAUGAUUGGCUUUUAACUCCGCCUGGGACUCCUCUUUUCCCUUCAUUGGAAAUGGAAUCACAUAAGACCAUGAUGAGUCAGCUUGGAACCCCAAAGGCACGUCCGACUGCACUCAAAUCUAGACUAGCAAACCCCCAGCCAGAGCCUGCUGCUAGGAGCAACUUAGUAUCUAAACAAUCAGCUUCUUCCCCUGGGUUGAAUUCUUCAAGUUCAGGUAUCCGGAGGCCCUCAUCAUCUGGGGGUCCAGGAUCAAGACCUGCAACACCAACUGGACGCCCCACAGUGACUUCAGCUCCUAAACCUUCAAGAUCGUCAACACCUACUUCUCGAGCAACAUUAACCAAGUCCACGGUUUCUGCAGCCAAGCCCUCAGUUUCGACAAUUAAAUCCGCAAUCCCUGGAACUAAAUCCACAAUUCCUGCAACUAAAUCUACAAUUCCCUCAAGAUCCUCUACACCGUCAAGGUCUACGGCAAGAUCUUCAACACCAACUGGCAGACCUACCGUGCCCCCACCCAAAUCUGUAUCAAGAGCAUCAACACCAACUCGUCGACCGUCCAUGCCAUCCAAUACGCCUAGUAUAUCAGCUCCUACAUCAAAGCCCUCUCCUUCAGUUUCGAAGCCAGUUCCCUCAGCAACAAGAAAUCCAGUGCCAUCACGUGGCGCAUCGCCAACAGUGAAAUCUAGACCAUGGAAGCCCUCGGAAAUGCCUGGUUUCUCGAUGGAUGCCCCACCAAAUUUAAGGACAACACUUCCUGAUAGACCACUUUCAGCUUCUAGAGGUAGGCCAGGAGCACCCAGCUCUAGAUCUUCUUCCAUUGAGCCUGGUCCUCCUGGAAGACCAAGAAGGCAAUCAUGCUCUCCCUCAAGAGGAAGGGCUCCCAAUGGCAGUACUCAUAUAAGUGGGAGCUCUGUUCCUGCAUUCAGUCGUGGGCAUUCUAAAGUUAAUGACAAUGUGAGCCCUGUUUUAAUGGGAACAAAAAUGGUUGAGCGGGUAAUAAAUAUGCGGAAACUGGCGCCCCCCAAGCACGAUGACAAACAAUCUCCUCAUGGGAACCACUCUGGGAAGUCAUCGUCAUCCCCAGACAGUUCAGGCUUUGGUAGAUCACUCUCAAAGAAAUCCCUUGAUAUGGCUAUACGUCACAUGGAUAUAAGGCGAAGCAUUCCUGGUAAUUUGCGGCCGUUGAUGACAAAUAUUCCUGCAUCCUCUAUGUACAGUGUGAGAUCAGGGCCUGCACGAAGCAGAACAGUUAGUGUUUCAGAUUCUCCUCUUGCCACCAGCAGUAAUGCUAGCUCUGAAGUCAGUGUAAACAACAAUGGCCUUUGUUUAGAUGUGAGUGGAGUAGAAGAUGAUAUUGGCAGUGAGAGAGGUGGUCGAUCUCCUGCCAGUGUGCAUGGUAGGUGAUGGCUUCGAGGCUUACAAUCUCACGAAACGUGCAUCCCUAAUCUAUCUUGCAUUCUUAUUUUGGGUUCUAAUCAUUAUCUAGAUAAUCAAUAGAAAGCCAAUUUCCUGAGACCUGACCAGAAUUGUGCCACUAUGCUAGUAUGCUUAUGUAAAGUUUACUGGAAAUGUUGGCAGCGAUGUAAUUCAUGACUUUUGUAAUAUUUAGGGAAUCUAGUUUAUGUGUUUAACAGUCUUUCUUGGCUCAUUCUGCGGAUAGAUGUAUUAAAACCUUCAACCGCGUUAUUGAAGACCAGAGAUUAUACUGCUGCCUGUUUCCUUAUUUUGUUGUUUCUCCAGUAUUUGUUACUUCUGAACGACUACUUUCUUCA